CAAUGUCAUAAAUUGUUCUAUCUCAGCGAAACAUUAAAGAUAAUUAUGACGUAUUAUCGUUUCAACUUACAAGCAAUUGCGAAAACUGUAGGCUGCCGGUUAACUCUCAGGCAGUAAACUUUCGGGACAUACUUAAGCCUUCGCACUGGCGCUCGGGACCGCAACCAAUGAACGAACUUCACUUCCCAGAAGCCUUUUAGAAUUGUAUUCGAUCCCAGACUUCCGAAUCCUCUUUCGCUCGUGGAGAUUGGUCCGCAUGGGUUCUCGCGCUGAUAUGUCAUUGGGUGUUUAGAAUAGCUCCACCAAUCACCACGAGAAGUAGGCUGACCGAACGGAAUUCGCUCUGGAGCGUGUUCUGUCAAGAUGACAGCCUCAGCUGUUGAGAGAGAUUUAAACUACACGUGUACCUAGCAAGCGCUCCGCCAAGACUGAGACACGAGCUUGCUUUCCACCGAGCGUUAAAAGACGAUUUAAAGAAAAAUGGCCCUGAUGGGGGUGCAGCUGGUGGUCAGCCUCCUGGCGGCCAGCGUCAUGCAGAGGAUGGCCCCUCACCUGUCCUUCGCACGCUGGCUCCUAUGCAACGGCAGUCUCCUUCGUUUUAAGCACCCAUCAGAGGAGCAGCUGUGCGCUCUGGCUGGAAAGCAGGCGCCGAGGCCGAACCGCAGAGACAGGCGACAGAACGGGCCGGCGGAGAGCAAGCCGCUGACGGUGCCCAGGGACAUCGAGCUCCACCUGGAGGCCACGCCCGUGGGGGUCCUGGACGCUCUGGUGCUACGCUUCUUCCUGGAGUACCAGUGGCUGGUGGACUUUGCCGUGUACGCCAUGGGGGUGUACCUGUUCACUGAGGGGUACUACUGCGCCCUGGACGCCGGCAAGGAGGUCAACAUCGGCGCCAUCUGGUGCGUGCUGACCAUCUUCUUCUGCCUGAAGACCCUGUACACCCUGAUGAGCCACUACUUCCGCUCAGAGGAGGGCGGCGAGCGCUCGGUGUGCCUGGCCUUCGGCUUCCUCUUCCUGCUGGUGGCCAUGCUGGUGCUGGUGGUGCGGGAGGACUACCUGGAGUUCGGCCUGGAGCCGGGCUUUGCUAGUCUGUUUGAGAACCUGGAGAGUUUUGCCAAACAGCAAGGCUACAUGUGGUCGGUUCCGGUCACCAAGCUGUCCGUCAAGCUGGCUUUGGCGACCGUCUGCGCUUUCAUUGGUGCCCUGCUCGCCUUCCCCGGCCUCCGAUUGGCCCAGACCCACCUGGACGCGGUCGAAAUGAACGAGGGCCGACCGGUCAUGAAAAUCCUCCUGCACAUCAGCUUCCUGUCCCCCGUGUUGGUUCUGAUGCUGUGGGUGAAGCCAAUCGCUCGAGACUUCCUGGCGAACGCACCAAUGGGAAAGACGACCGUCACCCUCAUCCCCAGUUCCACCUUUAGCAGCGUGCGGCUGUGGGCGGUGGUGGCGCUCUGCCUCCUGAGGCUGGCGCUGACGCGCUGCCACCUGCAGGCCUACCUCCACCUGGCGCAGAAGUGGGUGGAGCAGAUGAGGAGGGAGGCGGGCCGCAUCCCCGCCAUCGACAUCCAGCGCAAGGUGACGCGAGUGUUCUGUUACCUGUCCGUGGUCACCCUGCAGUACCUGACCCCUAUCCUGCUCCUGCUCUUCUCUACACUCGCUCUUAAAUCGCUGGGUGACUUCUCCUGGGGCCUGGUCCCCGAUGUGCCGGGCGUGUCUCCGGUGGAGGCGGGGUUUCCCGCGGUGGCUCCGCCCCCUCCGGCGGCGGGGGAAGCGGAGGGCGGGGCCGAGGCGGAGGACGAGGUGGCGGCGGCCGUGGCGCAGCUGCUGGAGUCUCUGAGCGCGCUCCGUUCGAUCGUCUCGCCCGUGUUCUGCCGGGGCCUCUUCGCCUUCCUCACCUGGUGGGUGGCGGCCUGUCAGGUGAUCAGCAGCCUGUUCGGGGUCUACUUCCACCAGUACCUCAUUGGUAACUGAGCGGGAGCCACGCCCCCCCCCCCCCCCGUGACCCCACCCACCUUACCUAAUGACCACAACUACCUCCCCCCAGAAACUUUGUGUACCUUUCUCCAGUGACCCUCCCCUCAACCUCCCCAGUGACUCCACCUACCUCCAGUGACUCCGCCCACCUUCCCCAGUGACACCACUUACCUGCCCUGGUGACCCCACUCUGCCCUGACCACAGUGGGCCAAUCAGGUGAAAUGAGGAGGUUCCUAUUACAGACGAGCAGCAAAUGCAGCCAAUCAGGGUUUCACUGAGAUGCACUAAAAUAGCCUGCUGAUGCUGGGCGGGUGUUCGUUUAUUUAUUAUCACUUUAUGACACUAUUUAUUUAAUGUUCAGUUCAGGUUAGCACGUAGGUAACUGCAGCCAAACGUUGAGUUGCUCGUGUUUGGUUUGUGAUUGCGUGUUCUUUCCGUAUGUUAAUUUAAGCGAACUUGCCUCUGUGAAAUUUGAAAGAGCGCUAACAAUGCAAGCUGCAUUUUAUCGGAUCGUGUGAAUCGGGGUUUUAGUGUAGAAUCAGAUAUGUUGUUUACGUGCAUGAGGCAGAAAUUUAUUUAUUUAAACGUUUGAAUGCAUGAUGCGUGAGCCCUGUGUGAUGUUUUAUAGCUUGGCAGUGUGUGUGUGUGUGUGUGUGUGCUGGCUUGUGUGGUUUCAUAAAAAUAAAAUAAUGUGGUGUUUUAAAGUUCUA